GCCCCCCCCCACGUGAUGCCUGCUGCUUUCUCCACAGCUGGCCCAGUCAUUAUGUCUUUAGAAGAAAAGAUGGAAGCAGACGCCAGAUCGAUAUAUGUAGGCAACGUGGACUAUGGGGCAACAGCCGAAGAACUAGAGGCCCACUUCCAUGGCUGUGGCUCUGUUAACCGCGUGACCAUCUUAUGUGACAAGUACACGGGCCACCCCAAAGGGUUUGCCUACAUUGAAUUCUCGGACAAGGAGUCAGUGCGGACCUCCUUAGCGUUAGAUGAAUCACUCUUCAGGGGGAGGCAAAUCAAGGUGAUUCCCAAACGGACCAACCGCCCUGGGAUCAGCACCACAGACCGGGGAUUCCCCCGGACGCGGUACCGAGGGAGAGGAUCUAGUUACAGCAGUUCCCGGGCCCGCUUCUACAGUGGCUUCAGCAGCAGGCCGCCCCGAGGGCGUGCUUACAGGGGCCGGGCCAGAGCGACCUCAUGGUAUUCCCCUUACUAAAAACAAAAAAAAGUGGUUGUUUUAGGAAGGAGGAAAAAAAA